AUGUCUCUAAUGAAAAGCGCAAUGCAAGCCCGCCUCGCCAAACUCCCUCAUCCAGACCAACUACCCCGCAUCCAACAGCCCGCUACAAUGGCGCCUUGGGCUCUCUCCGAGAACGACAGUGACGAGGACGAAGUAGACGAAGAGGAGGAGGAACUGGACUCUCUAGGCGACCUCCCACCUGGUGGCGGGAUGGGUCCUCCAGCGAUGCAAGGGAAGAAGAAAGAACCUAACCCAGAUUACGCACCUAUCUCUGCAGCGGGGUACUUUGCCGAAGCGUUGCAAGUCGCAGUCCCAGAGCGGGGCCUGGAGUUUCGGGUGUACCAUACCCCUUCGCGGGAACUCGCUACUGCCUCUUCCUCUUCGGCGUCUUCGUCUUCAGCUCCAGGCCCAUCUUCGGCCUCGCCUUUAGGAUCAACCUCGAGCAAGGGAACCCUAAUGGUAUGUCACCACGGAGCUGGAUACAGCGGUCUCAGUUUCGCGUGUUUCGCCAAAGAGGUGGACGAGCUGAGUAGAGGCGAGUUGGGCGUUCUGGCCAUCGAUGCUAGAAGACACGGCAAAACCAAACCACUCUCCGACGACUCCGAAGAAGACCAAGACCUCUCAAUCGGGGUACUCGUAGACGACUUUGUAGCCCUCCUAAAGACGAUGUUCCCAGAUCCCUCAAGUGCUCCAACGUUCUUGCUGGUAGGCCACAGCAUGGGCGGCUCCGUCGUCGUCCAGGCCUGUCCCAUCCUCCAAUCCACCACCUCCAGCACUAGCCCCAGUUCGAAUUCGAAUUUGAACUCGAGCUCAAGCAACAAAACGACCUCGGGGUAUCGCAUCGCAGGCGUAGCUGUCCUCGACGUCGUGGAAGGUUCCGCGAUCGAAGCUCUCCCGCACAUGCACAGUCUUCUGAAUGCGCGCCCGGAUGGGUUUGAUAGUGUUGAAGAGGGGGUUGAGUGGCAUCUAACAACAAACACGAUCCGCAAUCCAACCUCUGCAAGAGUAUCCAUCCCAGCGAUACUGAAGCACAUACCAGACGCGAAGGUGAUGCCCGAGUGGCAGUGGAGGACGACGUUGAGGAGUACGGCGCCCUACUGGAGUGGCUGGUUCACCUCCCUCUCCUCCAAAUUCCUCGCCACCCGCACCGCGCGCAUCCUCAUCCUCGCCGGCACCGACCGCCUCGACAAGGAGCUCAUGAUUGGGCAGAUGAUGGGCAAGUUUCAGCAGGUGGUGGUGCCUGGUGUGGGACAUAUGCUGCAUGAGGACGAUCCGACGCGUAUAGCUGAGAUACUCGUCGAGUUUUGGAGGAGGAAUGAGAGGGUUGUGGUUGGGUUUAAGAAGGUUGGAGAGAGGUAG